AUGAUGUCAAUUUUUGUUAAGGUCCUCUCCUCCAUUUUAUUUUACUUCUCUCUCUUUUGUUAUACUCCACCCUCUUUUGCAUUACUUCUCUCUCUAUGGCUUAACUUUUUUCUCUUUUGUUUUACUUCUCUCUCUUUAUUUUACUUCUCUCUCUUUUUACAUCACUUCUCUCUCUUUUUUUUGCAUCUAUCUCUUUUGUUUUAUUUUUGCUCUUUUAUUUUACUUCUCUCUUUUGUUUUACUUCUAUAUCUUUUAUUUUACUUUUCUCUCCUUUAUUUUACCUCUCUCUCUCUCUCUUUUGUUUUACCUUUAUCUCUUGUAUUUUACUUCUCUCUCUUUGUAUUUUACUUCUCUCUAUUUUAUUUUACUUCUAUCAUUUUUAUUUUAUUUUUAUUUUUUAUUUUACUUUUCUCUCUUUUAUUUUAUUUGUCUUUUAUUUCAUUUCUCUCUCUCUUUCCCUUAUUUUACUUCUCUCUUUUUAAUUUACUUCUCUCUAUUUUAUUUUACUUCUAUCCCUUUUAUUUUACUCUUCUCUCUUUUAUUUUAUUUCUAUCUCUUUUCUUUUAUUUCUCUCUUUUUAUUUUACUUGUCUCUCUCUCUCUCUUGUUGUCCACUCGCCUAUUUCAUGUUCAUUUUCCUAUCUAUCUAAAAUUGUUCAUUAUCUAUCUAUCUAUCUAUCUAUCUAUCUAUAUUCAUAUGUGUCUCUCUGGCACUGUUCAAUUGGUCACCUCUUUUUCCUCCUUUCUCUUGCUCUCUUUACUUUUGCCGACGGCUCUGAGCAGCCUGCAGAUAUCUCUGCCAGCUUUGGCUUUCACCAAGAAAGCAAACUACAUGACACACUCCCUCUUUCUCUCUCUCUCUUUCUCUCUCUCUGUCUCUCUCUCGCAUUUUUCUUACCAUUUCUCUCUUUUUUCCUUUUUUAUUUUCUAUUCUAAUCUUUCUGUUUUUUCUUUCUCCCAAUUUGUCAUUUUCUUCUCUUUUCUUUUCUCUUUUUCUUCUCAGUAUAAUUUCUUUUUCUCUUUUACCUUUUUUGAUCACCAUUAUCAAUUUACAUUUUAUUUUCUUUCAAUUCUACCUUUCCUUCAUCAAAACAUUAUUCUUCUUUAUUCCUGCUCUUUUUCUGUUUCUUUAUUUUCUUUUACUAUUUUCUCUUUCCUGCCUGACUUCUUUUAUUUUCUUUUUACAUUUUCUUUGUCUUCUUAUCUCGUUUCCCCCUCCUAUUUUUCCUUCCAUUUCUUCAGUUCCUCUGAUUUUUUCAACCCCUUUUCUUUUCUUUUUUCUCUUUUAUCCUCAUCACCCACAUUUGUUAUAAAUUUUUGCUGUUAUUUUACAUUCUUUCAUUACCACCAAUCCUUACUGUGUGCUAUCUAUCUAUCUAUCUAUCUAUCUAUCUAUCUAUCUAUAUCUCUGCUUGAAGCAGCAGGAGUUUCUAUCUCUCUCUCUCUCUCUCUCUCUCUUUUUAUCUCUUUCCUUCUCUCUCUCUUUUUGUUGGAUGUUUUAACCUCUUGCCUAUCUUAA